GUUUUUUCACUAUUAUUUUGACUCCUUCUAAUACGCUAACUUUCUUGUUCCUCUAAAGAAGAUCUAAGUCAAUCAUUGUAAGUACUUGAGUAAUUUUUUUUGCAUUUAUCAUCAAAUGCAUGGCCUGGCAUGGGAUCCUCCGUAUGCGUGUUUUUGAGGUCCUUUUGCUGCUUUUCAUGGUGACAUGAUCUUUUCGCAAAGCUUGCGUAGGGUGGCACAUGCGUGCCGGUCGAAAUCGAUGGUUGGAGCCGAACCACAUACUUAUUGGGAGUUUUUACAUAAAUUGAAUUGUGGGGGAAUCUUUUCGUGCAUACCUCAGCAACCAAAACCAUGAAAGGAGAGGAAUAAAUUAUUGCCUUGCCGUGGUAAGAACAAAAAGGAAGUAGACGACAAUAAACAACAGCUUUGUACAAAAUCAACGAAGGAGACAGGGCACUGAAAAUCCGACGCCUUGCAGUACCUACCCUUGAGUAGUUGACACAACUGUAAGCCAAAGCCUUGGGACAAAAUUGACCCAAACGGAUACGACGGUCUUCUCUUUCACUAGUGCAGCUGUUGCACAACUACUAGUAAAGAAACCGCAAAAGAAAACGACCCCAACAUCCUAUAGACAACGAGGACUUUCUGCUCUGGUACAAGCUCAAGCACAGAGACAAUACGACAAGAAGGACCAACAUCUUCAGUAACAGAUACCACUUCACUAGUAGACGCCACUUCGCGAGUAGACCUAGACGCCGCUUCACUAGUAGACGCCACGUCUGUGGUACAAGUUGUAGAAAGACGAGGCAAUAGCAACGAUUCUUACCACCUCCACAGUCGGAACGGAGGAUCAAUUGCGAAGAUUUUCUCUACAACAAGCAGAGAAACGGAGGACCAACUCCUGGCCCGGUCGUGCGCAGAAGGCGUGGUGCGCGAUCUCCUGGGCACCAUGAUGGAAGUAGGAGGAGCCCAGCCUUCGGCGCCUGCUGCGCCGGCGCCUUUGGCUGUAGUGCAACCACCGCCACAGAUGAGCGCAGAAGAGUUGCAGAGAUUUGAAACGCUCUGCAAUAGCUUGUUUUUAUGAACAAUGAAUGGUUGUUUUUUUUUGUUCAUGAUACAUAGAUACUUACACUCGUAGACAGUGAAGAUAAGUGGCUGCCUGACAAUUGAGUAAUUAGUGCAACCACCUCUAAUCCCGAAUGCACAAACGGAACCAGAGAGGCAAGAAGCGCAUAGGAUAUUACUCCCGUUGAUAGACGAUCCCACGAAGAUACCGCAGAUGCAGGCUAUUCUGAUGACCAGCCAACAAAAUCAUGCCAUCGUUUUUAGUACGAAUGCAUUGGUACUUAUGUGUUUAUCUUGCUCUUGUUGCAGGAAACAACUGACUAAAGGACCGGACAGAAUUAAUAGACUGGACAGACUGAAGGGUUACGUGCAGGAAAUCAAUCACAGUUAUUCGACCACACAGAGUUAGACUAGUUCUUGAAUACUUCGUUCAGUUUACUACAGGCUGCACAAUCAUCGCUGCAUCACAUACAAUCAUCACGACAAUUCGUUUCUGUCAAUCAAUGUCACCUAAAAACAGAUGAAGCUGAUAACGAAUCAUUGGUCAGCAGUAUCUUCAUCGCAGAAAGAGCAGCUAAAAGCGUUCAUGUUCAACCACUUAGCGACACACGGCGCUAACAUCUACGCGCAGGCUCCACAAAUGGUACUUGUAGUUGUAGCAAUGAACAAUCUUUCUUAGCACGGCUUCUGGAAGAUUUUCGUUUGACAAGUAUGUUGUGGCUUGCAAUUAUCCAUGUCGAUGUUCAUAUGAACGGGUUUUAGGCCUCCGUACCAAUCCAUCUCCUCCUCACAACGGCACACUCUCAUCUUCUCUUUCCUCCCCACUAACACAGAUCGGCCCAUUCAUUCGACUUUUGUGCCGGUUAUUGAAGCUAGCCUGGUUGGAAGGACCCCAGCAUCAGGACGUUGUGUCGCGAGUAGAUCCUUUUCUCGAGCAGUCAACGGCGCAUUGCAUUGUGGGAUUAGAAUUGUAAGCUUUACAGCAUUCUAAAACUAAAUUCGUUUCUUACCUCCUUCUUCACCCUAAUCUCUACCAGAAGCGCAAAAAAUUCUCUACCCUGGUGCCAACAAAAACAAGGUAUGUCGAAAUUACUACCGAUAUGCAACCUAGCGCAGGGACAAUGAUGAGCAGGUAUCGACGAGCAGCGUUAUCAUUCCGCGAUAGUGCCUUGCCAGAGAUUUUUCAGCGGGCUUUGCAGACUUUGCAGAAAUUGAGCCAGAAUAAGCUCAAAAUGGAAGAUAACAAACAGCAAGAACGAGUACUGGUGCGACAGUUGCUGAGGCUAGUGGUGAACUGCUUGUCCUUCGACUUUAUGGGUACGAUGCCUGAUGAGACGAAUGAGGACCAACAAACAGUGAUGGUGCCGCAUAGUUGGACGAUGCUAAGGGAUGAGGCCAUUUGUUAUGGCAAACGUAACCUCCACCUCUUAGAUUAGAAACGCAACCCCUUUUUAGGCCUAGUAGAACAUCUCAGACCUUUAGGCACUCUUGCUUGCGGUUGCAUCCCUCGAGGACAGCAUGAUCGUUAGAAGCCUCUCUUUCAAGGGUAGAAAGAAGUGCUGUCCAAGGAUAUCUGAAUCUCAUUCCGUCCAAGGAUAUGAAUCCCACUCAGGGAUGAUGCCACAUCUCAGGGUAGCUCUAAACUUGCACGUUGUUUUUCGAAGUAUACAGCAGUUGCUGCAGCUAUCAGCGGUUUGACUGCGCGGCCAAGGCUCUAGAAGCUCUGGUGCUCAUAGCGUCUCUGAGAAGGAGCUUCUUUCAACAAGACGGGGACAGGAAUAAACUUUUGGGGAACUUGAUUCAGGGAACCAGUGGUACUAUUAUUUAAGUAGUUUCUUAUUUAAGUAGUUUCUUUUACUUUUACAUAGAUACUUUUUCUUAGUUUUUUUAGAAGGAAGAUGUGGGUGAUUCAGGGAACAACGAGUGGCACCAAGUAUUGCAGAGGAUGAUAUGAGGUUUUUUAGUUCAGGGAUGAUUUUAGAUAAAUAUCUCACAUACCCCACGAUUGGGUACACUACUACUACUACUACUACUUAGAUGUAAGAUUUCGUGAUGAGAGCUUACCAACAAGUGGACGCACUAAACCGGUAGGUAAAGAAGUCAGACUUUCUCCUUUCCUCCAGCACUACUUCUAGGAACUACGAAAACUAAAAAGAACUUCCUGAACAUGAAAACCAGGUAUCCUCGCUGCGAAGAUGGGUCUUCAGGACCCUGAUUGUUAUCACACGCUUUGCCGACUUCUCGGCAAGAUCAACACUGCGCAUCAACUCUCCGAACUAGCGGCGAUAGAUGUAAGAUUUUUAUCGUUUGAGUGUAUAAUGUGAACAAGCGUUUCUUUUAUGACGUCUGCUCUAGUGCAGUGAGUGUCAUUUUUAGUUGUAGACUCUGUCUGGAAUUAUAUACCACUUGUUCGUUUGUUUGUUAUAAUUUUCAUUUCUCUAUCUCUCUCAUCCGCUUUCCUCUCUCCCUCCCUCCCUCCCUCCCUCACCCUCUAUUGAUUUCCCUCUGAUCCACUUUCCUCUCCUCCAGUUCCCUCUGAUCAACUUUCCUCUCGCCCUUCCUCAUCCUAAUCUCACCCUCACCUUCUCCAAUCCUCCAAAACAACAGGUCUUCCAAAUGUGGAUGAACCACGUGCAUAGUUUUACAACUGAGUCCUUGAUCGACUGGGAAAAACAGCCGAAUAGCAAGCAUUACCUGCUGCAGUUCUGGGCGGGGCUCGUGUCCCCCAUGAUAUACUUGAAAGAAAAAGCCCCACCACAGUUGGAGAACUGCAUCCAGCAGAUCACGAUAUCGUACCUAUGAACUCUAGUAUGUUUAUUUGUUUUGUUACAAUCUAAUAAUUGAGAAUUGCAUUCAACAGAUCACGAUAUCGUACCUAUGAACUCUAGUAUGUUUAUUUGUUUUGUUACAAUCUAAUAAUUGAGAAUUGCAUUCAACAGAUUACGAUAUUAUCGAUCUUAGGAACUCUAGAAGUAUGUUUUAUGUGUAACCGCAUGAGUCGUGAGCUCUGACCAUAGCUAGAAGAAGAAGAAGUAUUAAGCUUAGGUGCAGCUUUAUUAGAACAAAGUGGAGUUUAUUGCAUGAUAACUGCAAUAUGGUGGAUCCAUACUAGUAAAUGGUAAAUACAAUUACAAACCAAGGUACAUCGAGUCCCGUCUCGCGAUGGCGGAAGCAGCAGCCACCGCGGACGGGUGUCAAGAGUGGGCCGACCCUCUAGAGGAGGAAGUCCUGAGAACAGAGCAAUUAGAGGUGCUCUCCGCUCUGGGAAAAGCCAGGUACUUAUGUGCAUGAAUGUCAAUGUUCUUUAAUAUCGGAUGCUGUAGAUCUAAAACUACGGAUUUUUUUUGUGCUGUAAGUAUCAUUUUCAUCGUCCCCCCCAUCCGACAAUAUAGGUACCACGAAACAGCACAACACGUUUUGAAACAUUUUGAAGACUGCUUGAACCGUGGGAAGCAGAGCCAGAUACCAGAAAAAGUUUUCGAGAAGAAGAUGGCGUGGCUUAUCUUAAGGCUUACCUCUAAUAGAUAUAGAUACCACUCCUGCUGCCCUUGUGCGUGUAGUUGAAGUAGAAGAUGGCGUACGAAUAACAAAUUGCCUUCUAAUUACAUCCUUUACUAGUGCCGUCCGCGUCGUUGUUGACUUGGUGUCACUUUCAACUUUUCCUAGUAAUCUGACAACAAAUUACAUUCUCCGGCAUCUGUGCCAUCCUUGAGGUUGUUGACCUAUUUUCUACUAACUUGUAGUAGAAAACCAUGCUUAAUAUCGCGUUAACCUUAACCUAUUCCCCACUAGAAAGAUAAGGAAAGGUCGUCAAGAAUCAAUGUUCUGAGGAAUGUAACUAAUGGUCGCCUUGGUUACCAAGCAUCGUUUUUCUGAGAAAUGUAAUUAAUACUCCAAAGACUCUAUUAUGUAGAGUGGUCCACCUCUCAUGUAGUAGUAGUAGUACUAGUACUAGUAGUAUUAGUAGGUAGUAAUAGUAGUAGUAGUCCGCUAAUUACCUACAUUUUCGGCGCCCUUGUUGCCGGCCACAGUCAGAGCAUGGGAAGCACACGCGGACGCAUAGAACCAACGUCCAACCUUCAGCCUGGGGAGCCCGGCUAUGUCACGCCUCCGCACGUAGUGAAUGGCGAGUUAGCAGCAAGAGUAUUCGAAUUGAUCGACCUGACUGACCCACAUUAAGGCUCAAAGCACAUAUAGAAAAAGGCUCAAAGCACAUAUAGAAAAAGGCUCAAAGCACAUAUUAUUAGGUCGUAGUUCACCAUCUAGUAGUGCAACCAUUCCUGUAGGAUACCCAGCAUCCUAGAAGGAAAGGGCUCAAAGUUAAGGUCAGCUUUUAUCCAUCUUUCUCGGCAUCUCGGUACCCGUUUCCCUUGUAUUCUCAUGAGAAAUACAAGGUAAAACAAGGGGUCAAGAGGAGGGGGCCGAGAUGCAAUCUAGCACAAGCUAACAAAGCACAUAAAGAGAAAACUCCCCCUUCACCUAUUCUCCACUGCGUCCAGCUCAGUAGUAGACAAGCUCUCCUCGUAUUCCUUCUUCAUAGGAAGUGCCUAAACCAAUAUUUUGCUCCUUCAUGAAGAUUCAUCUUCACAGGAAAGUGCCUCCUCUACUCUGUAGCAGCCUUUUGCAUGAUCCGCCUCUUUGUGUUUUGCUUUUCUUUCUUUGGGCACGAAGAAAGAUAAAUUGAAUUGUGAGCAGCUCUAACCACAGCCUGGACGACAAUCCCUGGAGCUCGCGUAUUUGUACUUUUUAGAGCAGUUCCGGAAAGUGUACAUAAGUGAGACGGCGAAGCAGAUGAACGACCGAUCGCAGGUGAACGAGCGACUAGCGUCUUUGCUCAAAUGCAAGGACGAGAACGAAAUCUUGGGCAAGGUGAUCAAUAAGAUAGGCAAAAACCUACAGCACCGAUGCGCGUUCGAAACCGUGCUGCAAAAAUCCUUAGCGCUCUUCCACGAACUAGCGGCUGGCAUCAAUAUCGUGCACACAGCUGAGAGAUCGCCGCACUUGAUCGUGUCUGGAAGACUGCUGUUGAAGAACGAGAUGGUAGUUACUGAUUUCCGCGUGGUGGAGUCAAUAAUUUAGUUAGAAGAUGCGCCUCGUUGUAGCAGGCAGUUGUAGUAGAAUUUCCGCGUGGUGGCGUCAAUAAUUGAGUAUUUGUAGCAAGCAGUUGUACUAGACGGGAGUGCACUCAUUUCAAUCAGUAUACUAUAAAUAUGAUUCCAAUUAUUAUGGAGACUUGUUUACGAAAAUCAUCAGGUUACUUUGCCAGUUGAAAGCCUGUCUACUCAACAAUUGUCCGUCUUCAUCUCCCCAAAUCCACCUAUCACGCAGGUCCAAUACAUGAUGCAGCAUCAUGCGAAUCCGGAGUUCGCUUUCCUUUAUUACACGCUGAAAUACGGAAAGUUCAGAACGCAAUAUUACCAUACUCUGGGAAAGCUGCUUUUUUUAUGACCAAAGUAGAUGUAGAACGAACAAUGUAGAUUAGAUUUAGGAGGAUCAAGGCCUGCAUCUUCAGCAUUCUGCAAGUAGCUAGCCACAUGCAGAGUUACCAAGUAAUCGCCACAUGAUGAAAGCAGUCACGUUAUAUUAUAAUCCGAUAUCUUCCCCAACAGCAAGCUCUUCUAAUAUCAAUGGACGGCAAAGACGACGCGGCGAGUCAAAGGCAGGCGUUUCAGAAAUUUAUGGAGCCAAUGACGAGUGUUAUCGACACUGUCCGUAUGCUUGCAGGGAAGAACCAGUUAAAACAAGAGCCUGAAGCCAAGUCGCGCAUUAUUGGCUUGUGCAGAGAUCUUAGAUUAAGGCCCAAUAUUUAUAUUUUAGUCAGAAAUCUUAAUCUAUUCCCUUCGGAACGGCACACUCACAUAUUUCAUAACUUCUAUAUCACGGCACUUUUCCCUAUCUCCUUCUUAGGAUUCUUGGGAGAAAUGCAAUGGCAAAAAAUGAAGUAUCUUGAGCUCUAAUUAGAGGAAUGACUUUAGCUUGUCACGGGUCAGAAAGCUACGGCUUGCUCUUCAACUGGCUGGUCCAAGACGCCAACAUUGCCGCGGCAGCGAACAAUCGGAUAGCGCUGUUUUAUCAGUUAAGGCUUGCCGUAAUUCAUCUUUCAAUCUAAGUACUUGAAUUGGAAACGUGUAAGUAAAAGCAUCUUUCGCGUACUGUUGAGGGAAAACACAGCAAAGGCAUUUCUUCGGACCCUCUAUUUCGAACCUUAAACAUAGCAAGGACGACUUCUAAGUGAAAAUAUGUCAUCUGUUGUUUUGGUUUUGGAGGAGUCAACUCGUUUCUUGUCUAAGGUCUACGUUUUUACUUACUCUAGGUGAGAAGCUCUAAACUAUGCAUUAGACUGCUUCUGGGACGACCAUGAAGUAACAACGCCAUUGCUCAAGUUCAUGUCUGAGUUCUGCCACAACAAGACCCAGCGAAUCAAUUUUGAGCAGUCUAGUCCAAACGGUAUCUUGUUAUUCCGACAAAGCAGCCAAAUUUUGAGGACUUACGGCACAAGGAUCUUAGCAAAAGACUUCGGAGAUUCCAUGCAAAGCGUGGCUGGGAUAGGGAACGUUCCGACACCGAAUAGGAAACUCUACGAGGAGAAAUAUAAGGGGAUCGGAAUCGCGCUCGACCUAUUCUCGCAUUCGCUCAAUGGAGGGUAGACUUUAUAUUACGAGUUUGCUGCGAUAUUAAAUUGUUGUUCCAACGAUGAACACGUCGAACUGCAUCGACUUCUAAGAAAAUUCACAGGUACUGCAAUUUCGGCGUCUUCGACCUGGCACUGCAAUUUUGGCGUACGCUAGACUAGCACUGCUGGUGGGGUUCUCAAGCGGGCGCCCGAAGGGCGGCCCGCAAUUGUAGACGCCCAGCGUCACGCUGGGCGCAGAAUUCGGCAGAUCUGGCGCAUUUGGGUCGCCCAGCGACCCAGUGUGCCCAGCGUGCCCAGCCCAGCCAUGUUGGGAACCCUUAUAACCUGUUCUAUUAUAUUUUCUUUUGAGCAUGACCAUCUUCACAGGAUGAGCGAGCACUUUUGAGGAUGAGCGAGCACUUUUGAGAAUGAGCAUCUUCACAGGUACUGCAAUUUCGGCGUCUUCGACCUGUAUGGGGACGAGAGCUUGCAGGUCAGCAUGGCCCUUGCGUUGAAGAUGUGUCUCUCGAUUCCCAACACUGAACUCCAAGCGUAUCAGAAGACGUUCAAGCCCUUCUACGUGUUUCUGGACAUCACGUCGAAGAGCCACAUCAAAAAAAUCUUUGAACUGGACGCCACUUCAUUAGCCAGACUAAUUAAGGCUACAAUAAUCUAUUGAUAUUAAAUCCAUCUUACCAUCCAAUAAACAAAAAGAAAAUCUUCAUCUUGGUGCCCCGUAAAUUUUCCCUUAUCAUGUAGAAAUCGGAUAAAGGUGGAGCACCAAGAUCAAGAUGCUCAAUGAGCUGGAUUUUUGCAACCUCUAAACUAUUCAGUUGUGUGGAGGAAGGGCUUCUUUCCUUCGACGUCUCAGUAUCGAUGCAGUGCUGCAGCAUAGUGGACAACAUUGUUUCCUAUUUUAUAGAACAUGGGAAAGAUCUGAGCACGCCACUUGGGCAGUACAUGCAAUCGUUUCUACAGCAACAGCCGGACUCACUGAAGAAGAUUCUGAACUUGAUGUUCCAGCUCAUUCUUGCUGGCGAAUUCAGUAGCACGUGGAGCCUGUCCAGACCCCUGCUCGGUCUCAUACUCCUGCACCAAGACUUAUGACAAGACUCUGUUAUUUUUGACUUGAGGUUUUCCACAACUUGUGUUGGUUUUGUCCUUCCUACUUCUGUAGUUCCUACAACUCAGCUCUUGGGCCUCUUCCUACUUAUUUAUUGUUAUUCUAUAAUGGUGCCCAGUAAUAUCAUCUUCAUCUCGUUUCUCUUCUUAACUUUAUUCCACCUAGUAGACCCACCUAGUCAACACUUGUUCUAUCAAUCUUUUAUCUCGUUCGAUAAUCAUGUACUCGAGAUCUACUUCUUCUAACCUCCGAGUUCCUGACCUUGAAAGAGCGGCUGAUCAUGCAGCAAAUCGACGAGAGGAAGGAAAAGCUGAGGAAUUUCUUCGACGAGUUGAUGCACCAAGUGGAAAACAGUCUGUCUUCUCGCAACCGAGAUCAUUUCACCAGACAACUCUACACCUUUGCGCAGAUGGUCAAGAGCUUGUGAUGAUUUGACCAAAGCAGCCUCGAUGUGAAGAGGAGCAUAAUAACUACUCCUGUAGUAAUUAAUAUUGGAAUAGGAGGAUUCAUUGGAGAUGGAGGUCGUGGUGAAGAGUUAGCUUGUUUCUCUCAGGUUGGCUUUGACAACCUUAAAUACGACACGCGGCGACCACGUGGUCACCGCGUCAUUUUUGAUGAGGGCGUCUUCGUUCCGAGAAAUUUGAACUCCUGAAUAGGUUUCAAUUCAUUGCUUUUCUUUUGGUUUUCAAUCGAAGGUAUUGAUAGUAGUUACGUAUAUGGAUUCAACACUGGAAUCACGUAAAAAAAUCGUCAGGGAAAUCUUAGGCAUGUUGCCGAAUCGACUCAAAUUAUCACAGUGUCACUCUCAUAAGUAGCUCUCCAAAAAGAUAUUCAUACUCAACGUUUAGAACUCUCUUUGUCUAUAAUUGACCUAAGAGUUACAGCUAGCUACUUAUCUUAUAUCUCUCUGCACUAGAAGUCCUGUCAUCUGGGAUUUUUGCUAGUAUGGUGAAAUUAAUACCGCGAUAUAAAACCUGUCAUAAUUAUGGCGGGUCGACGACAUCGCGACCUCCCACUUAUCCUAUCUAAGAGGACAUAAAUUUCAAGGGAAUACGAAUAUUACAUAGACCACUACAUAGUUUGUUAAUAGCACUAGUAUUUCAAUUUCGGGUUCCUUUAUUUCGGUCCUAGUUGGAUUUCACUCCUAGAGGUAGAAGUAGUUGCUAUGUAUUCUGUGCUCGAAAAGUGUCUACUUCUUGAAUCCUUGUCGUCUGGUGCAUGGGGUGGGCUCAGCUCUUUUCAGAGAAGAUGCAUUUACUGGAUGAAGAUGAGCGCAAUGUCAACAUAAAAGUCAAAGUCUUCCUCGCCUGCUACUUGAGAGUCUGAUCACGGUACUUCUUCUAGAUUUCACAAGUAUAUUCGUAUUGUGAAAAUGAAUACUUCUUCAAUACGGACGAGGGAUAUCGAUAUUUCCGUUCGCGCUCCAGAUUACAUGAAGAGGGCAUAGAUUUUCUGGAGGAUCCAUACAUUGAAUAUUACAUUGAGGUCAUAGAAGAUUACAUUGAGCAGGUUAUAGAUGCUCAAGCUGUGUCUGUCAUGAUUUUGAUCAUCGCAGGAUUUUCGCAUCACGACAUAAUCAUGCAAGAAAUGUCGUAUGAUCUCCCCACAGGAUUCAUACUCGUAGUUGGUGUAUUGGAUUUGUACCCGAUUAAGACUCCGGUCUUCCCCAUGACCUCCCAGUAUCGAUUCAUCUCAUAGACGCUCCCAUAUUAUAAAUGAUUUGUUACAACUCACUGAGGAAGAAGUGGUGUUGUCAACAACAUCUUCAUGGUGAAAAUUUCGACUUUCGAAGUCAUGGUGGUGCCUGAG